CCAAAAAUGGCUUCCUUCCUCUUGUUUCUCUUCUUCACUCCCCUGCUCCUCUCUCUCUCUCCAACAAUGGCAGAACUCCCCACAUCGCCUCUCUCUCCUGACUCUGCCUGCAAAACUACUCUCUAUCCUCGCCUCUGUAAAUCCAUGUUGCCGAACUAUGGAUCCAACAACCUUUACAAUUAUGGUCGGCUUUCAGUUCAAAAAGCAUUGAGUAAUGCAUUUGGGUUCUCCUCUUUGAUUGACAGAAAGCUCAAAAACCGGUUUUUGAUUCCUAAUAACCAGGUUGCUGCCCUUAGAGACUGCAAAUUGCUUGCUGAUCUCACCACUGAUUACUUGUUAAACACCAUGGCCACUCUUAACUCGACCGAUAAUCUUUCGGGCGCUCAUGCUGAUGAUGUCCAAACCUUACUUAGUGCCAUUGUUACUAACCAGCAAACCUGCUAUGAGGGCUUGAGGGCUUCUAGCCCCAGUAAUGAUCUCUAUGCUCCAUUAACGAACGGAUCAGAGAUUUACAGUGUUUCUCUAGCACUAGUUACUCAUGCCAGUACGCCUAGAGAGAGAAAGAGGAAGCAAAGAAAGGAAAGAGGUUUGUUAUCAGAGCUCAAAGUCGGUCGAGAUGGUUUUCCUCAAUGGCUCUCUAAAGAGAAACAUAGAAUCAUUCAGGCUGGUAAGAGAAUGCUCCUUCAAUCUGAUAGUGUUUUAGUGAAUGAUACAGUGACUGUUGCUCAGGAUGGAUCAGGUAAUUUCACGACCAUUAGCGACGCCAUUAACGCAGCUCCAAAUAGGACUGAUGUUAAGAAUGGAUACUUUGUCAUCUAUGUUUUAAAAGGGGUGUAUGAGGAAUACGUCUCCAUUCCCAAGAUUAAAUGGAACUUGAUGAUGGUGGGGGAUGGAAUUAACCAGACAAUAAUUACAGGGAACCGAAGUGUAGUAGAUGGCUCGACAACCUUCAAUUCUGCAACUUUUGCUGUUGUAGGACAAGGCUUCGUGGCCAUGGACAUGACCUUCAGAAACACUGCUGGCCCGGAGAAGCACCAGGCAGUCGCCGUCAGAAACGGCGCCGACCUCUCUGUCUUCUACCAUUGCAGCGUCGAAGGCUACCAAGACACACUUUACACCCAUUCUCUGCGCCAAUUCUACCGAGAAUGUGAUAUAUACGGCACGAUCGACUUCAUAUUUGGCAAUGCAGCUGUUGUAUUCCAAAACUGCAAUCUCUAUGCCCGCAUGCCCAUGGCCUCUCAGAACAAUGUCUUCACUGCACAAGGAAGAACAGAUCCAAACCAGAACACCGGAACCUCCAUUCUGAAUUGCUCGGUAACGGCAUCCUCAGACUUCGCUUGGAAUUCGAGCUCGGUCAACAGCUAUUUGGGGAGGCCAUGGAAGGAAUACUCAAGAACAGUUUAUAUGAAGUCUUUCAUUGAUAGUCUGAUCGAUUCAUCGGGAUGGUUGCCAUGGUCCGGGGACUUUGCACUAAACACUCUGUACUAUGGGGAGUUCAAUAACAGUGGGCCUGGUGCGGAUACAAGCAAGAGGGUUUCAUGGCCUGGUUAUCAUGCCAUUAUGAAUGUUACAGACGCAGGGAACUUCACUGUAUCAAACUUCAUUAUGGGUGAUGUGUGGUUACCUGCAACUAGUGUUGAGUUUCAUGCCGGUUUAGAUUCAUGAGUCAGUGUAAAUUCUUUGGUGGGAUUGAUUAGUUUUUGUUUUUUUGUUUUUUGCUUUUUGGGGGGCCUGUGGAAUAAUUCUGGUUAGGAUCCCCUUGAAUGGGAUUUAAUUCUCUGGUUACCCAAUUGUAAUAAUUUAAGUAUAGUUUCAUUCUCUUUCUGGUCAAUUGUAAUAUUCAAAUUCAAGUGAAUGGUGUAGUUGUCAAUUGGCU